AUGUCGUUGGUUGACUUUGAAUUGAAAAGAACUUUGACUGAUGUUUUAGAGGAUGAAUUAUACUAUAUAAAUAUACCCAAUACAAUAACAACAACAGCAACAACUACAACUACAAUUACAAAUAGUAAUAGCACUACUAUCCAUCCUAAAGAUAAUGUUGAUACAAACAUGCUCUCCUUGGAUGGAAAUCCUAACGACAGUCAUAACAAUAGUUAUUCAUUAGAUAAUGAUACUUUUCAUCCAUCUCAAAAUCCUAAUGUCUACAGCAGCAACAAUCAAAAUCAUGCCAAUAGUUCUAUUUUCAGUUCUUAUGCUGAUCCUACAUUGACUACUACCACCACAAUGAGGAACUACAUUAUCACAUCUGAACUUGGCACUAUGAUUCCUGCCUCUCCUAUAUUAUCCUCCCUUGAAUCUAAUAGCAAUAUUCAAAAGACUGUUAAUUUGAAUACUCUUGUCAGAAAUUCAAAUGAGUAUCGACCCACUAUUUCUAACACUUUUUAUAAUAAUAGCAGUAGCAACAACAAUAACAAUAACAAUAACAAUAACAAUAACAAUAACAACAUUAUACUUCAUGGUAUGAAUACACUAUAUGAUGUUAAGAUAUCCCCCGAAAAUUCUUUAUAUACCCCAAUAUUAGACGAUAAUGAAUACAUGUCAUAUUAUGACGAUUUCUACAAUGCAAAAUUGGAUUCUAUGCCAUUAAAUGAUAGCAACAGUGUAUUAAAUAUGGAUAGUGCGAGAAUGAUCUUUGACCAAGAGUUUUCGGACGAUGAUUUGGAGGAAGACGAGGAUGAAGAUGACAACGUUUUCGAUAUGGCCCCAUCCAGUGCCUUUUCAAUGACUAGUGAUUACCCCACCUACUAUCCUAAUGAUGUACCUCUACUUACUACAAACGAGUUGGAUACAUCGGCUCUAAUUGACGAUCAGGACGAUAGAAAGGAUAGAUGUAGUGAUAUUGACAUGGAUAUGGACGCAUGUAAUCAUUUUCGAGGGAGUGAUGAUACCGAGCACAUGGUUGAACCACUGGUGUUUAACUCUAAAUUAUUGGCUUCGAAUAAGUCCAAAUCGUCUUUGUUAAAACAUAGGCCAGAAUUAAUGCUGCCAAAUGGAUCAGGCAAACAUUUAGACACAAUAAUAAGGAAACCUCUAGGUUUUGUUGAUGGUAAUAACAAUAGUAAAAGUAAUAUUAAAGGUAAUGGUGAUAGUAAUGCUAGUAGUAAUAAGAAAAAAGCUGAUAAUGAAAAGAAGAAAAGAGCGCGUAGUGCAAGAUUACCAAGUAAUAUAAACCAUGGAUCAAAUGAAAUUUAUACAUGUAGAUUAGUGAAUUUAGUCACUAAUGAACCAUGUAUGGCACAGUUUUCAAGGUCAUACGAUUUGACAAGACAUCAAAACACAAUCCAUGCAAAAAAAAAGAUCGUCUUUCGUUGUUCUGAAUGUAUUAGAGCAUUAGGUGACGAGGGCUACUCAAAGACGUUUUCUCGUCUUGAUGCAUUGACCAGACACAUUAAAUUAAAGCAUGAAGAAUUGACGCCUGAACAAAGACAAGUGGUGACUAAGUACGCUAAAGAAAAUAUUGGUUAUGUUGUUUGA